UCUUCGGCGUCUGUAGUAACGAAGGACGGUUACUUUUAAUUGAAGAUAAUCACCAAAAUUCUAGUUUUGCUAAUUCUAAAUCCGGGAUAUUGAAAAUCUCGCGAAAAAAGUUGUUUUUGUGAAGAGUUUGAAGGGAAUUUUAAGGAGUUCCCUCGAGUUGAGGCGAAGUUUCGAAGAUCACCACUGCAACGUUGGAUUUAAGACUAGAUCGAGAUAAUUGUGACGGAAAAUCGAACGCUGUGCAUCAAUCAAUGGAACGAUUUGGAGGGUCACUGCCUGUAAAAGGAUACAGCGGUGAAUUGGCUGGGAAAAAACGAGUGCAACUUCCAGCAGAUCAUGGAAAAGGUUACACCUCUUACGACUCCAGUAAUUUGUUUCACAGCACCCCCAAAAUAAAGCCCAUAUCUUCAUCAUAUUCAACAACAUUACCAAGUGGUUACAAGACCAGAACAACCAAUACAAGCUUUCAGACAGGUGUAAGCCCAUCUCGGUCACAGCGCAGUAAAUCUCCAACGCGUAGCACAAGCCCUGGCCGUCGACCAGUGAGUCCAAAUUUGCAUACAGCAACAAGUCCAAGACUACACAACAGAUCUCUGUCUCCUAAUAGUAAACAGCUCUCUGACGUAGAUAGUGACACAAUACAAAGGCAGAGACGAGAACUUCAGCUGCUUAUUGGGGAACUCAAAGAUAGAGACAGAGAAUUGAAUGAUAUGGUACAAGCUCAUCAAAAACAGAUAGUGGCUUGGGAGGAGGACAGACAAAGGGUGUUUGCUCUUGAGAAGCGAUCUUCCAGGCUUGAAAGUGAACUCAAAAGUAGAAAUGAACAAAUGAAGGCAUUACAAGCAAGGCUUAAAGCUUCUGAAACAGAGGAAAAGAACAAAGGCAAAGAACUUGAAGAUACUCAGCUUCAACUUCAACAAGUUUCAGAACAUGCAAAUACUUCUCUUCAUCAAGUUCAGGAACUUGAAGAAAAGAACAGUGCUUUAACUUCAUCAAUGAGAGAGCUAUCAAAUACAAUAGGACAGCUUCAAGCCAGAGAACAGGAGCUUUUAACAAAACUAAAACUUAAGGACAAUGACAUAAUGGAGGCAAAUGUGAGCUUAGGAGAACUGCAACAAAAGAUAAAACGUCUUGAAGGAUUAUGUCAGGAACUAAGGAAAAAUGAAAGUUCAAUCAGGACAGAGAGAGACCAGUGGAGAGAUCAAGCCACAGCUAACAAACAUGAAGUAGAAAAACUAAGAGUUGAUAUCAGUAAACAGUUUAGUGAUGCAGACGAAGUUCAAGCUGAGCUUGCGAAGACCAAGCAAGAAAUUUUAGUUUUGCAGAAGGAACUUUUCUUAGCAGGAGAAAGAGAGAAGAGGAAAGAUCAACUGCUUGAUUUACAAAAAUCAAAGCAAGAGAGAACGGACUCAGAGUUGCAAAACCUUCGACAAAUCUGUGAUAGACAACAACGUGACAUUUCUUACAUGCAGCUCCAGUUACAAAGUUCUCACGAUAUGCUGUCCAAACAUGUCACGGAACCUGAUAAAAUGUCAGAGUUGGAAUCUAAUCCCCCGGAUGAAGAUAAAAAGCCUCUAAACAGCUUUUACGAUGCCACGAGUUUUAACCUCAAUGGAGACUAUUUUGACAAUCAGGAUCAAGCGUCCACGAGGUCAAUGGACUUUGAUGGCCCAGUCUCUUCCAAAGGCACUGAUGAUGACCUCGCUGCUUAUAUUCCAGGCGGUGGUGGAGUGUCCUCCCUUUCCAUGCACGCGACAGCCGGAAGUGACUUGGCUGACGACUAUGACAGCCUUUCGCAAGAUCCACUUCAACCUCCGAUCACUUCAGAAAGAGGCUUCACAAGUUCAAAUGUUGACACGUUUCUUCCUCCCAGAAACCCCUCUUACUUCAGCACACCCAACACAAGAACCGACAUUUAUCCGCCAUUAGGUAACCUUUCUCUCACGGGCGUUCGACUAGAGGACCACAGUAGCCUGUUAUCCUUCUCGCCUGGGAGACCAGUGGAAAUUAAUUCCGUAACAACUACGAGACCUGGGGACACUUAUUCCUCUUUCUCAGCUGGUGUAUCUGUACCGAAGACGUCCCCUCCUAAGGCGGAGGGGGACGCUUCACCGACCAGUAAACUACAUCGUCUGCUCGCGGAGUCUCGACAAAUGGUUCAAAACCUCGAACAAUCCUCCACAUUCUCCCUGACCGGAAGUCCUAAUCAGGACUCCACGGUUCCCACGAGUGAGCAGUACACACCGCCGCAAAGACAUCUGGGAAGUCCACUACAUUCGCGUCCAAUACCCACCUCUACUGAAUGAAAAACUAACAUGUCCACAAUUUUCGGCUGAUCCUAACGUCGCACGCCCGCAGUGCUUCUGUGCUUAAAACUUGAUUCGUCUCACAUUCGGAUCGUCUUCGAAAAUCCGAAUACUUCCGUAAAGCCAGUUGUGACUGCUCGAAUCAAAAUGGUUUCCAACAUUAAUCCACGUGAAGUUAAAUUUUGUUUCGAUAUAAAUAGUAUAGCUUGAGUUACAAUUGUGUUUUAACUGUAAAUAACGAAUACUGACUAUUAACUUGACCUUUUUUCAUUAUUUUUUGUUAUGAAAAAAAAGAGAAAAAAUCCAUUUCGUACAAAUCCAGUCUAAUGUACUCUCUUUUGUUGACCAAAAAUACAAUGCAAAUAUCUUUGAAUUAUUUUUUUUAUGAUAUUUUAAAAUUGAUUGAGUUAUAUUGAGAAACGGAUGUAUUUCAUUUUUAAUAUCUCGCCUUUUCAGAUUAAACAAAUGCGAACGAACUCGUUCUCCUCUAUGACACAGUUUGAAAAUUAGUUCUCCUAAGCUUUGAGUUCAUCUCCUACAGGCCAGGUGUUAAAGGCUACACAUUACUACUUGUUUAUAUACAGUUAUAUUGCUCAUGUUGGAUACUGGUGUUAUAAGUUUGGUAUUAUUGUGCAAAAAGAAAAGUUCACCUGACGCAACAUGUCGCAACUUUUUGGAACAGAAGUAGUUAUACUCGCAGCAAACGUUCUUUAGCCUUUAGAGUCAUACAACCAUUUUUUCUUUCGUGAUGAGAAACGCGCCUGCAACAAGACGCACGCGUGGCGUAGCCAGAUGGAAAAUUAGCGGAUGAUAUUAGAGCCUCUCUCUUAACCGAUCGCGCGUGUCAACAGGCAGUCCACGCGUUAUCGCGUGGUUCAUCGCGUUGGAUUUCAACCAGGCAAUCACGUUGGAGGGAAAUAUAUUAGGAACAUUUACUCCAACAUUUUAGCCUAAAUGUCAACCACUAAUCGAGAGGUACAACAGAAUUCUUAUGUUUUGAUACACGUACUCAUUUCAUCUAUUAUACUAACCAGUCGUAAACUUUA